GGCAACGUAAACAAAACGAAAGACGGCACGUGGUGGGAAAUUCGUUGUCUGAAAGAUAUUUUAUUAUUUUAGCAACUUCCAGACAUGGCAGACUCAAAUGUAGAAACAUGUCUUCGAAUGCUAAGAUCGGCCAAAUCAGAUAAUGAGAAAUUUGCAAACAUUUUAAUGGUAACUAAAGUGAUUAAAGCUGAAAACUGUGAUAGUGAGAUGAAACUGCAAAUAGCAGAUGCCAUAGGCUUUAAAUUUCUCGCAAGGCUCCUGAGAUCAUCUGCUGUACCAGAAGGAUGUCCUCCUACUAUAUAUAAAACAGUAGCCUUAACAAUACUCUCUACAGUAUGUACAGAUCCACAAGUUGCAUCAAAACCAGAGAUGAAGAAUCUGGUAUCACCCUUGAAUGAAAUUAUUAUAUCUCCACCAAGAGAUGAAUUAGAAGAAAUAGACAGAAGUUUGUUAUCUGAUUGUUACUCUUGUUUAUAUGGUAUGGCAGGUAGUCAACAAGGACAGUUAUAUCUUAUACAGUCAAAUACAGUAGCUUGUUUAAUACAAGUUAUAGUUGAACAGUUACAAGGGGAGGAACAGGCUAUGGAGAUACUAAUGUUGUUAGCUGGUUGCCAUGGUAACAAGAUGUGGACCAAUCAGAUAUCAGCUAGUAACAAACUUAUAUCUCAUCUAACUACAAAGUUUUCACAAAAUAAGGAUUCAAGUAAAUUUGAAUUGUGUUCAACAUUAGCAAGUUUUAUAUCAACUAUAGAAAAGGUUAGGAAUCCUACACCCAAUUCAUCGCCAUGGUUACAAGUACUGAUAUCAACUCUAGUUGGAGAUAUCAAAAAUAAACUGGGUAUAGAACAGAGACAAUGUAUAUUAUUAUUGGUAUCAGAAGUGGUAGAGAAGUUUAGUGUUUUAUGUUUAUUACCUCCCUUUACGACGGAUGUUAAAACCAUUUUACUGGUUACACAUCUAGUUUGUAUAGAAGUUAGAAUGAUUCUAGAAAACUGUACAUGGCAACAGAUUCAGAGUAAAACAAGUCUCUUAUGUUCAUGUUACAUGUUACUAGAAAAUAUCAUCAGUCACAUGACUACUGGUCAACCAAUGGGAUUUGAAGAGAAACAGGUACUACAGGUUCAUUCGGCAAUGGUUGGAGCAUUUAAUGGCAUAAUUUUCUUCUUAGAUGAAAUUUCUGUUGAAAAAAAUUUAAAGUGGGUUGACCCAGUUGUGACAGCUACUGUAAGAGUAUUAGGGGCGUGGUUAGCUGAAGAAACAACAGCAUUAAAAGAAAGUGUAUAUAAACUAUUACCAUUUCUGGUACAACUUAUAAAAUUAUCUGUUAAUCCUGAGUUAGUAUCUGAUUUACCUCCAGUUUUACCAUCAGUUGAACAUAUACUACAAGAAUGUGAUAUAACAGAUGACCAAUCAAAUUCAUUGACAGAUAGUGAUAGCCAAUUAAAGGCUAUAACUGAUAAAGAUACGAUAUCAGAAUCUAAGGACAACCAACAAAAUAAUUGUGCUGAUAAAUUGACGAAAACUGUUCGUUUUUCCGAUGCUAGUGACAAUGAUUUGGUUAAAGAUAAGAGAAAGAUGAUGAACAAUGAUAAUAUCUUACAGUUUCUAUUACCUGGUUUGUGUCAUCUCUCAUCAGAAGAUGAACCAAGAAAAAUUCUCAUAGAAAAUAACAUUCAGGAUUUAUUGUUUCAUAAUUUUGUUUUAAAAUGGACGACAUUUAUAGAUGAUACAGAUAUGGCAACUGACGAUGACAGAGAGGAAGUCAAGGAUUCUUUAGCUAGUUUAUGUGGUGUGUUUUUAAAUUUUGCUGUCACAGAACCUAAUUUUGUGAGCAGAGAUGAAAAGUUUCAUUCCUUAUUAAACAAGUUAUAUACAAUCCUUCCUCAGAUUGUUUAUAGACAAGAAGAUUUAGUUUUAACAGCUAACUUUACUACACUAGGUUUAAUGUUAUUACAACAUCAGAACAUAGAUACAGAUAAUGGUGAAGAAAGGAAGAAGUUUAUAUCAAGUUGCUUAAGUUUUUUUAGUCAUGCUUUUCAUGUUGAUGAAAAGAAAAAGGACUGUCCUGUACUUGAUUUAAGUGAGGAAUAUCAAAAAUGGUGGACAGAUAUAGCAGAGUUAUGGUUCCUGGGUGUUCAAGCAUUAAGUGCCUGUAUUAAAGUACAUUCUGAUAUUCCUGAUGUAAUACUUCAAUCUGGAUGGCUGGUUAAUCUUAUCAAAAUGUUACUGGAUGUCAAAGGUGUUGGUGUAGAUGAUGAUGUUAAAACAGUUCUACUUGAACUACUGGUCACUUUAUCUACACAACAUAAACAAUCUCGUAAUAUCAUUACAGAAAAACAUGGAAUAGAAAUAGCCAGAAUAUAUAAAAGUGUAGAAUUGAAGAAUAUCUUGUCAUCAAAAUGAUAAUAAUCUAUAUACAUGUGACUGAAUAUUUUUCAUGGAUUCCCUCCACUUAUAAUAAUUUACAGCUGAUUGCCGGGCCUUUGGAAAGUAAGGGUGUGUUUUACAUGUCUGCCAAACUCAGAUGAUUUCUAUCCUAUGAAAGCAGACCUGCAGAAAGUCAUCAUUGUUCUCAAACAAGUCUUCUUCAUACUUUUGAACAUUCGCUAUUUCAUUGGAAGUUUGUGAAUUGAAUAAAUCCACUUACGAUUAGCAGUAGAAAAUUGGGCAUUGUUUCACUCUUUGUCCUCAUCGGGAUACCAUAUUUUAAAUGUCAGGCUGAUAACUAGUAAGUAAUUACCGUUAAAAGUUGUUAUUGAACUAUUAUU